AUGGAUAGUGAAUAUGUACCAGUAGCCGAAGAAUUUAAGAGUCGUGUCAUUGGAAGGGAUGGAAGCGUGUUGAAUAGUAUAAGACAGAGAUCCGGAGCAAUAAUUACAUCCAGAUAUAGAGAAGAAGAAGGAUUUACUGUCAGUGGAAAUGACCAGCAGAGAGAAACUGCAAAAAGACUAAUCUUAGAAAAAGUGGUGAGUUGAUGUUUUACUUAUAAACGAUGCGGUAACAAAAAUUAAAAAACCAAACAAACAUUCUGGAUACCAUACCGUUUAGUUCCAGAUUAGUUUCUAUAGCCUAUAUACUUUCCAGAUUAGAUGUUUAAAAGGUAACUACAUCGUGUGAAUUCUUUAAUGAACGCAGGUGAUUAUGAACAUAAUUAAACUCGUUUCGUUCAUUCGAACGUUACAGAGUGUCCACGAAUGCUUUCUAAUUUAGAUUUACGAUUUAAUUUAGAUUUUUCUUCACAGGAGGAAAUAAAGCUAACCAGGUGGCAGAAAGUGGAGAUUCCAACCGAAUAUUACGGUUUGGUGAUAGGAAGGCACGAAGCUAAUCUUCUCGAGAUAAGCAAAGAAACAGGGGCAGAAGUGACCCGUAUAAGAGGAAAGGUUCAUAUUAUUCAGGGAACCAAGCAACAAAGGGAUCACGUUAAGUUGCUUAUCAAACGCAGAGUGGUAGGUAGUUUGGAUAAAUGUUUGUUUCCCCUCAAUCAAUAAGUUUUGAGUCGCUCUUUAACCUGCGUAAUUUUUUUUUCGCCCGAAGAAGUGAAGGCAACCUUCCAAGCCUCUCACCAUCAUAAGUGUGCCACUCAACUCCUCAGAUAAAGUGCAAAAAAAUUGCCAGCUACGCAGGGUAGAAAAUUCUCAUCUUUGUGUCUUUUUUGUUAGCUUUAACCAAUUUUGUUUAUUGCGACAAUGUCGUUAUUAUUUUUCUCGCAAUACCAUUACCGGAGGUGCAAUUGUGUUAUUUGUACGUGUUCCCGAUAUUUUUGCACAUGCUCAAGGUCAAAAGUUAAGAGAUGAACAACUGUUUCCUUCUUAAUUGUUGCACGUGCUCCAAGAAAUGACAGACUUUACUCAAUAGCAACUUCCAAAAAUCUCUCAUAAGCUUGACAACCUAUAAUGGUGUGUCAUUUUAAGAAGAAAGGAAAGUGGAUGUUUUAUAGAGAUUCAUCUUUUGCAAGCCAUGGUGAAGACUUAUAAAUAUAUUGCUUUUAAAGCAGGUUUUAAGCAGAGCAGUACAAAUUUCACUACGUACCUUCAUUAUGGGAUUAUUCGGCUUUCGAACCAAGUCACUUUAUUUCUUCUAUCUGAGUGCCCGAGAGGAUUUUCCUCAAGGUUUAACAAUGCGUGUGCGUUUUUUUUUUCUCUUUUCCCCCUUUGCCAUUAUUUUCUUUAAUCUAUUGCUACAUCUACUAUGCAUAUCUGUGUUGGCAGAUAUUUAAGAUGACUGCAGGUGCAAAAUAUGAAUAGUGUAACAUUUGACAACCACCUCAAAUCCCCUUUCUUUGAUUAAAAAGUGUACAAAGGAGCUCAUCAUUUUCAGGCUUUAGCACGACUCAGGGGCUUGAAGAACAACAGCUAUACAGUCUGCUGUUUUAUCGACGGUUGGAAUGUUUCCGAGAACUGUAAACUGAACCUGGAGCGAGUCUUCCCUAACUCGCAGGCGCAGUUUCGACUACAGUCUUCAAGAGAGUCCAGCUUACAGGUUUGAAAUUAUAUUAUGUAUAGAUUUAGCCAAGCCUAAAAGCGGAGCUCUUGUUAGCUUAUUUUCGAGCCCUUAAUUAUACUGAACAAAAACUGUAACGAGACUCUUUAUCACUGGCUUUAGAAGAGUUUCUUUAAGGGGAUUUAGGAACCAGUCCAGGUGGUUGGGAGGGGGAGAAGAAUUGACAAGGUCUGCAACCUGGGAACGAUGCCCUCACAACUUGCAAAGCGAUCAACACGCAUGCUAGUCAGUGGUUCUUCAAACAGCCUAGGACUUUCGUUGUUGUUUCUGAUAUUUUGAGCAAAUUUUCGAAGAUUGGGAAUGUUUUCUUCUUCAGAUGAAGUGUAUGAUGUCAGCAUCAGUUGAAAUUAUAUUUUAUUAAGUGUUACUCAUAGUUCCGGUUUGGGAAAAUGAACCAAAUUGAAAGAAACGACUGUAAACUACUUCGCGUUAAUACAUCACUGUUCGAUUGAAGAGUAUACAGGAAAGAGGAACGGUGAGUCAAUAAAACAAUACGCUAGAAUCGUAUGGGCUUCUCCUAUAUCCUCUCUUGAAGUUGCCAGGUAUGACUGUUUGCCCCACCAUUUUCCCCCAACGUUUCAACUUCCUCUGUUUAGCAUAGAAAAUUAAAAAGAAAAGUAAUUUUCAAGUCGUUUUAGAACCUGUAGUUUUUUUAAACAUUUUUCUCAUUUUGAUAUUCUUGUUUCAAGAUUGUCCUCUGGCUGGAAAUGCACGGCGUCUUUUUGAGAUUUUUUCUGUUAUUUAGUUCGGUUACCUGCUGUAACUGCAUAUAAUUUGGGUGUCUUUUAGAAAACUUGAGAUAAUACCUGGAUUUCAUUUUACAUCACAGAAAUCAAUCCAAACAUCAAGCAAGUUUUCUCUUUCGUUUAAAAGUUGAGUUGAUGUUGUUAUAGGCCAUAUUAAAUAGGUUGAAAAUUUUUGGGUGGUACUUCAUCACGUUUUUAAAUAACUGAAUUUGCUGGAAGGUGAAGUUGUUGCAACAUGUUAAGAUGAGACGCAACAAUAAAUUUUAUUGAUGUGUAAACAGUUUUCAUUUGACUAUCUAUUGGCAAGUCUUUGUAUCAUAUUGUAACCCAACAAUUUUCCACAACUUUUAAACACCAUUACAAAAUAAAAAUUAGUCAGGGAAAUGGAAAUUUGUGGCAUAUACACCACGUUUGAAAUGCCAUGUCCAUAAUAAGCUUACUGGAUUUAGAAGGGUGUAUGUGGGAAUAGACUCUCUCGUCUGUAUCAUUACUUUGCUAAUUGCUCCUGUUUCCAAUGUUUUGAUAAGGUUGAGCUGUCAGGGCAAAGGAACUAAGAAUUUUAGUAGGCAGUGACCUUGUUCAAACCCGGAAACUAUCAUUGUGAAAGCCAUAGUUGUGCCUGGUAACUCAUUAUUAUAAACUAGUUUUAAGAAGGAUACAAUAUUUUAUUACAUAAGUUUGAUGCAUAGGCUGUGCACAAAACUUUAAUUUGAUUAUACUUUUAGAGCCAAUACCAAUCCCUACUCAUGAUAAAAUGUUAGGAGGAUUGGAGGAAAAAUAAUGUGCCAUAUAUCUGCAAGUUUUCAUACAAUUGUUUUAAUUACAUGAAUAUUAACUGAUACUAGGAGAUCUGAGAAUAUUCAAAAGAAAAGGAAAUUUGGUUGAAAAAUUAGAAUUCAGUAUAGGCCAGAUAAACAAAAUUCUCAGAAAAUGAAGUGUGUACUAAUGUAAAAGCUAAGCAAACUUUCUUACAACACCUGCCUGUACCUGUACGGCACAUAGUAAAGUCAUUCUAAGUUGCCAUCACCCCGGUUUUAUACAUUGAAAACACAUGGAUAUGCAGAUUACCUAUAAACCUGUUGUUCAAGCUUGGUGAUGACUUUGAAAUUGUAAUGCACACCUCAAAAGGACAACAAGUAAAUUUCAAGUUUCUAUUUAUUCAGUUUAGGUUAGUGAGGUUAAAUUUAGUCACACAUUCAUACCACAACAGGUUCAAGAAAUUUCCAGAACUAAUUUAUAAGGCUAGCCUUCCUGGAACAAUCACCUUCAUAUACAAAUUAGACCAGAUUUGUACUGAUCAUGCACAAAAGAACUAUCUAUGAUAAGAGGGAAGGCUUUCCUUUCUUCAUAUAAAGAAAUACUGAGGUUAUCAUCUUUCCACAAGCUCGGUGGAAAGUGAGAGUGAAUGCUUGAGUUACUAGUCACUAGUCACUAUGUUAUUUGAAUAAAUAUCCAGAGGAGGAUAAAAAGCUAGAUAUGGUUUGCACAACUCUCUUACUUCAAUUUUUUAAUCUAUAAAGCUAAGGCAUUUACAUUCUUGCUUUAUGCAUUAAGUGGACACUAAUAAAUUUAACUUUCAGUGUCAAAAUGCAAAAAAUUUUCUCUUCAUCAAAGUACCCUAAACAUUACAGGGGAGUAAGGAGGUCAGAGUAAAACAUGAAUUAAAAUAGGAGGGCCCCCAUUAAUUUCAGUCCUAAUUAAUGGAGGAUCUUUGCUUUUCCAGAAUCCCACUCUUUAAAACUCACUUAUCUUGUGACCAAUUCCUGUUAUCAAUGUUUAGUUUGGGUAUGAGCAUUGACAAGAAACACCAUGCAUUAAUGAAAGGUUGAGCAAGAGUAUUAAAUGCAAUCUAAAUAAUAAAUAUUAAGUUACAAUGUGGUAGCUUACACUGCAAAAUUAUAUAGUCACACAAUUCCAAACAAAGGAAGUCAGGUUAUUGACUCACCUGCUUCAACUUUUGAGGGCUUAGGGUACAGAGAAAUAGAGAUGGUAAACAGUUACAAUUAAUAUAAAGGUAAAAGUCUGAAAGCUAAAAGAUAUACAUGGCAAUCAUUAGACCCUAUGCAACCUCACACAAAUGGGUCAAUUGCCACCAUAACUUCUCCCAAACAUCAGGAUUCAUUCUUACAGGAAAUCAUUAAUUUUUGUCACUAGGUGGUACUGUACUUACAAUAGUUCUACCAGCACAAAUGCAUUUUUCUAAAGUUACAGGUCAUGAAGAAGGUUCCUGCAUGGGGACUGACAUUUUAAUUACCUCAGCAAACUGUAACCGUCAGAAUUGCAAGCCAAGGUGUAUUUACCAAGUGCUCAAGUUUCCAAAUUAGACACGUAAUCGUUACAGUGGAGUUCACUUCUUUUUGAGGCUGUCUUCAGCUUGAUUGUCCUGUUACAUGUGAAAACAUCAAAUGUUACUCACAUAUUCAAAUAAUUACUUGAAUCAAUUUUUUUUAAUAACCUGCUCCUUUAAUUGUGCUCCAGAAAUAGUAAAUGAUAUUGAAGAGGAAAGGAAAAAGUUCUUGAAACAUGUCAUGUGAAAUGAAGCGUUGUUAUGAAAGUUAAUUGCGACAGCGGCAAAAACAUCUGUGAAGCUAUAAUAAGAAUUACCUUUCCACGUAAAACAAACCCCAAUGAAGCAUGAUAUGAAUAAAUUUAAUCUCACCCAGUUUGAAUGUAGAAUCCAAAAUCCAAUUAACUUCCCGGUGAAUAGGAAAAAGCUCAAUGUGUUUUCCUGCCUCUGUCAUUCUAAAUACCACAAAUCAAUAAUGCCACCACUUCAGUGUGAUUUUUUUGAUAAUGUGUUCUUUUUCUUAUGGACAUCUAUUUGUAGUACCUAUCUUUACCAGCUGGCAUCCGAGAAGAAUCAGGUCCACUCUCUCUGGUAAUUUGACACAUUGCAGGCAAACCCUAAAACUGAUGAAAUUUUAUUUGAUCAAAAACAUGAAGAGCAAUAGAGGAUAUUAACUAGCACAAUUUAAGUUUCCCUUCUGAUGAAUUCUGUGAUGUUUUUUCUGUCAUACGGUUAAGUUCACAGUUUCUCUCAUUUCACUGUCUUCUGUUCAUUUGUUUGUUUGCUUUCCUGACAAUCUGAACUACUGUUGCCAACAAAUGCAAAGAGCAUAUAAAAUGUGUACAGUUAUUAACCCUUUAAUCCCUGAGAGUGACUAGCAUCUAAUUCCUCCUUUAUAAAAUUAAAGAUUCAGGAGAAGCAUAUGACAUUAACUAGUUUACUGAUGUUCUCAUCUGAAUUCAAUCUGGAAAGAGAACUCUACAACACUUCUGUUUUACCUUCUCACACUUAAAUUAAAACAUGAAAUUUAAUCAGUUGCAGGCAGGUUAAGGAUAAAAUUAAAGGAUAGAUAAAUGUUACAUUAAAAGAAACCCCCUACAAUAAAAUAAAGCAGAAGCAUAUUACCUUCAUGACUAUUCUUCUUAAUACUGCUACAAUAGGUAUUUUUUUAAGCAAUUAUCUACAUAAUUAUGUAAGCCAGGUGUAAUAUGCGGUCUUAAAACCAAUUUUACUCUACCCUUCCUCCUUAAAGGGUGCCUUGUGUAUCAAAUAUAUAAAGUUCAAUACCUCCAGAGUCAUAAGCCGGGCUUUUGGGGCUACAAAAUAAUAAAAUAAUCAACGAGUUAUGAACGAUUUAUCGAGAGUCAAUUAAGUUUAGUUUCCUAAAAUCGUAUAUAUAUAUCUGCGUAAUAUGUGACUAACACAUUCCAUAUACUAUAUACUGUUAGUUAACGGCUUAAAAUCUUACAGUAUAUACACCGACGCAGAUGGUGGCGUAAAAUCGUACAGUAUAUAGACUGUGUUAGUCACAUAUUACGCCGUUAUCUAACUACCGUUUAAAAUAUGCUUCACUUGUGCUACAUAAACGGAUUUAUCGUUCUGAUAAAAUUCCGAGGGUGUGACUCAUUUAAUUCAGAAGAAAAUAUCCAAGCAGGUUACAGAAAUGAUUCACGAAUUGUAAACUGAUAAUGUGUUAAAUAGAGAAUAACACAUGGACGCGUGUAGAUAUGGAAUUUCUCUUCGAGUGUUUAAUGCGGUGGCACACAACUGUCACGGCAAAACAAAAAGUCAAGGUACUACAAAAUUUACUUACGGCAAAACAAAAUUAACUCACGGCAAAACAAAAUUUACUCACGGCAAAACAGAAAAAACGAGUUGGUCAACGGUUCUUAGUUGCACACGAUUGGUAAGUCGUGUAACAGUAAACAAACGAAAUGGCGACCUUUGUAAAUAAUUUUGGCUACCGAUUUUCAGUGAAUUUUUAAAGAACAAUUUUUGUUUAAGUUUCAAGACUCAAGAAGAUUCAAAAUAAAUAUUACGUACAAAAAUGCCAAAGUUAAACACAAAAUUAAUAAAAAAAUAGGCCUGAAAUGAAAUUCUAUCUUGUUCUCGUUUAUAGGUUGCCUAGCACGUGACCAAAAUUUAUCCAGGCGGAAAUCCAAAAUGACGGUGGCAAUCUGGGCUUAGUUAUAUCCCUCAAACCUCGUUCCCGUUUGUCUCAUUUAAUAAAGAGGGAAUCAUUAGUGUUUUCAUUAAGACAGUAUUGCCUUGAUUUUCCAAUAUUUACCAUAAUAAACAGUAAAUUUCACUUUUCACCCACAUUUACUUCCAACCUUUUCUUUUGAACCAGAAACAAAAAUGAUAUAUGUUUAAAACACGACAUCAUCCACCCUUGUCAAAUGUAAUAGCAUGAUCAUUUCAAUUGAAAUGCCUUCUUAUCCCAAUGUUACUUUGUUUCUUUGCUACAUUAGCGAACAGUGAACUACUACUCGUACUCUAAAUAUGACAAUUAAUCACAAAAUUCCCUAAACCAGAUAACAUUAAACAUAAUCCAAAAAACCAUGUAAGUCAUCAGUCAAUUCACGAGUUUGCUCACAGAGCACUUUGAUUCGAGCUCACGAUGUUUUGCUCCGCGUGUGGUUCGGUAGUAGAUGAAGAUGCAAACUUUUUUAAAAGCUGUGAUAGAGGUACGUUUCUUAAUUUUAAGUGUUCGUAUUUGCAUUCCUUUUAGUUCCAAAUAACGAUAGGCGUGAGAAGACACUGCUACAAAUUAGCUGAUUAGCACGCGUCUGGAAUAAGAUUGUGCAUGUAGCCUGUGUGUAAGAAGAAAACAUUCAUGUGCCUUGAUGAAUUAAGGAUUUUUCAACAGGUGGAAAAAAACAAUGAAGCAAAAUAAUGUAGCUUACCCCUCAAUAUUCAGAGGAAACUAUACUUUAAACAGUGUUAUUUCCUUAAGUCUGUUUAACGUCAAUAAAACUAAACAUAAAUGAUUGUGGAAAUAACCAGGAAUGUUUUGGCCUUUGAUCUCGUGCUCUCUGACUGUUUGCAGGUACGAUAUUUUUUCACGUGUGUUGUUACGGCUUUUCUCACGGCCGGAAAUCCCUGUAUAACACCGCAGUUUAUGUAAUAAAAAAACCUUCCCUAUAUUAUGGUGCCAAUACGAGUUUAUCGUUCAUAAUCACCCAUGAAAUUCCGAGAUACCGCAGUGAGUUCAACAGAUAAUAUCCAGGAAGGUUACAGAAACGGAAUCUCAAAAACUGCUCUUUAAUUCGAAAACUGUAAACAACAAUCAUUUAAAUAGAAGUAGUAGAGAUGGUAAGUUUUGAGCUCGGUGAAGAAUUAAGAAAGAUGUUUUUUCGUCUUGUCACGAGCGUGGGACAAAGGAAAAAAAAUCCUGAGUCCCCACGAGGAAUCGAACCUCAGACCUCCGGAUCUGCGCCCCGAUGCUUUAGCACUGAGCCACAGAGACUAUUCGGUGAGCGAGAUCUAUUGCGAAGUUGAUAUGACACGCAUCCUGCAUACUGCUAGGAUCAGCAAUGUCGAUAGCGUAAUGUUUUAUAGAUAGAUAUAGUAGAGAUGGUAAGUUUUGAGCUCGGUGAAGAAUUAAGAAAGAUGUUUUUCGUCUUAUCACGAGCGAGGGACAAAGAAAAAUUCUGAGUCCCCACGAGGAAUAGAAGCUAAGACCUUCGGAUUUGAUUUCCGAUGCUCUACCACUGAGCCACAAAGACUCUUCGGCAUACAGCUGGGAUCAGCAAUGUCGAUAGCGUAAUGUUUUUUAGAUAGAAAUAGUAGAGAUGGUAAGUUUCGAUCUCGGCGAAGCUAAGACCUUCAGAUUUGAUUUCCGAUGCUCUACCACUGAGCCACAGAGACUCUUCGGUGAGCGAGAUCUAUUACGAAGUUGAUAUGACACGCAACCUGGAUACUGCUAGGAUCAGCAAUGUCGAUAGCGUUAUGUUUUAUGGAUAAAAAAGUAGGGAUGGUAAGUUUUGAGCUCGGUGAAGAAUUAAGAAAGAUGUUUUUCGUCACGUCACUAGCGUAGGACAAAGAAAAAAUUCUGAGUCCCCAUGCGGAAUCGAACCUCAGACCUUCGGAUUUGCGCUCCGAUGCUCUACCACUGAGCCACAGACACUCUUCGGUGAUCCUGCAUACUGCUAGGAUCAGCAAUGUCAGUAGCGUAAAGUUUUUUUUUAAACAUGUGCUUAAUGGCGUGCUUGUGAGCUCAAAUUGCCAGGACCUCGUUUAAUUACAUGAUCACAGCUCGGACGCUUCUUGCAAAAUGUGAUGACUAUCAAUUUCAGAGAUUGAUUCUUCAGUUGUUGUGGUUCUUGUUUUAAGAACAGGAGGCGUAGAUUGUAAGACACACACGUUUUAUUCCGAAGCAAGAAGAACACUACACUUAAUCAUAUUACACGUGAAUAGUGAUAAAUGCUUACAUUUUAUAUGCAGUGACCAAGGUACUAAUAUGAUGAUCGCUGGCCGGAAACGGAGGCUGACCAAUAUCAUGACAUCCAGCAUUAGGAAAAAAUUAUCGUAUCGCAAGCAUGUUCAUCAAUACCCGUGCAUUAAAUACGCCUUGAGAUGUUGAGCGAAGAGAAAGUGGCUCCAUGUUUUGUGAGACAAACCAUUCCCUGAAGUUCGAACGAAUCGAGUAUACAGCAUGAAAGCAUGGCGCUGAAAAGUACUCAUCCCGUGAUAGAACUAACUCCAUGUUAUCCGUGAGUUUGUUCGCACCACACAUUUGCGGUCUGUUAUAAAUUCUCUGAUGUUUGACGGGUUCUCGCCUGACAAUAUUGUCAAAAUCAAAUUUUUACCGCGUCAGACUUAAUGCAAACAACAUUGCUGACUCAAUCUCAUUUUAUUUCAAUUUUGGGAAAGGCCAUUACUUCGUUCUUAGGGUAAAACAACACAUCUUCGACGCCUUUUCUCUUUCUCUUACGCGUCCUUCUCGUCGCAUUCUGCCUAUUUUGGUGACCUUUCCAACUUUCUUGAGCGUUUUUUUCGACUCGCUUUACGCCUAUUACUUCUUGCUUUGUUUGGUCGCUCUGUCUCUUUCUUUCCGGCCUAUUUUCAUUCAAACCCUCUCUCCACGAACUUGAACUAUAGCAAUUUCCUCCGGUUGACAAAACAGUUUGCCUCUGCCGGUAUUGUUGCUUUGCGAAUUGAUUAGAAAGUGCAAAAUACUGAGAAUUACUGUUCAACUACAUUUUUCCGCUCAAAACGCGGCUUCAAAGCUUCUAUCCCACGUGAAGCCCUCGUGUAAUAUCUAACCGUGUGCUCGCGGUUCACUGCACUAAAGCUCGGAUCUCAGGCAUGCGCCCUUCAUUGUCAUCUGGUGGUGUCUCCUGGCGCACACUGAUGGGGCAUCCAAGCUACGCACGCAAUCGCGCCAGCGCAUUAUCUUCUUCCUUCCAUCAUGUAAUAGCUAAGAUAGAGCCCGCAGUGCAGUUGGCCGCACAUACUAAUAGUAGCACCCUCUACGGAUGCCCGUACGGUCAUAAGUCCAAUUUUUUCGGCUUGAUAGGUUACUACUAUUUCGUAUAAUUAUGGGGCUGCCGCUGGGCGCGCUGCGCACAUUAUAAUUUAAGGUCUAAACAAGUGGGUACAACUUAUUCUUUGACAAUUUAAAUGGAACGAAAUUGGGUCGUGGUUAGCAACUAAAGGUAACGCGUAAUUUCUCAUGGCUGCAAUAUAAGCCUGUUUUCCAACUCACUUAUCGCUUUUUCACUCUUUGGUAUAAGUUAUUGUAUACUUCUUUGCACUUUGAAAGUUAAACUGGGAUAAAGAAGAGCGUCCUCAGCAAAUUGAACCCCAAGUAUUGUAUUUUGAGUUUUUUACCCUCUUACGAAUCUUUAUUCAUUUCAUAGUGGACCGAACCAAAGCCAGUAACAUUAUUGCCCGCACCUUUAUGUAAAUUAUUCAUAGGUUACUCGUGCAACUGUGACAACAUCUCAUAGGGCGUGCGCAUAUCUGAAUAAAGAACAAUACGCCAAGUUUGUUAUGCACUUUGUCUUUGUCAAAGGUCAGUGAUAUCCAGUGAAAUAGUUAGAUGAUGUUUAACUUCUUCAUGUAUCUUCCUUUGAAUAGGAAUGUGUGAGUGACUCAGGCUAUUUAUCAAAACUCAAAGACGCCACGUUGGAAUCGCUGCGGAAUCUGAAAGCUAAAAAGGAUUCAAGCAACCAGUUAGAAGCUGACAUGUGGUGUCAUUUUGGCUUAGCUACUAUUAGUGGGCUCAGUAAAGGUAACAUCUGACCCCUGGAAGCUCAGGUCAAAAGGAACUUUCACUACAAAAUACUAAUUACUAUAUUAAUGAUAUUGCAGUCAUCAUAUUGUGGAACGAUAAAUCAGAUAGCCUCCUAGGCACGUUAUAAUUACACGAAUCAACGGAAAGUUUGCUAUCAUUGGUGCACCAUUAGCAAAAAGAUUUUGCUGUUUCUGUGGCUUACAAAAAUUCACAGAACAAUAACCAUUAUGCCUCGUGGAUGUGGCAAUAUUUUAUGAAUACCUUUUGCCAGUAUGGGGUUAACAUUCAAGGAGCACGAGUGUUGUUAUUAUUGUCAUGUUAAUUUUUUUUCAUUUCUUUAUAACAUCAACAUUUUUUGCUCAGUGACCUUGACCGUGAUGUCACAACGAUACUUAAACGUCGAUUAAAUUCCUCAAUUUGUACCUGUUUAUGCGUUAUAAAACCCUUUAUUCCUCCUUACUUUAUAUUUAACUUAACACAAAAUGUUCGUUUCCUACUACAUUAAUGACCAUUAAAUUCAGGGAUUUUUACCUGAGUAAUGAUCUUUGGUUGGUUUAAAAGUUUUGCCUAAAGAAGCAUUGUUAUCCGUUACAGAGGACAUUGAGAAAUUGGAAUGGAGCAUAGAUGAUGCAACAGAAAUGUUUCAGUCGUCAGAGGAAGGAAAUUACUGGAAGGUUACUUUUCAAGAAGGCGUGAAUUUCAUUGAGGAUAUUUUCAGUGGAUAUUAUCAUGACAAAACACCAAAAGAAUACCUAGACUACGCUGCAAGAUAUGACUUAACAUUUCUCACUCCAUGCAGUCGUCAAGUGAGAUGUAAGGUAAGUCUAUUUACGGUAGCGAUUAACGUGACUGGGGCCUGUUUUUAUAAUUCCCGGUACCUUAACGAGCCUGAAGCCCGGAAUCAAAGUUUAAAGAAUAGCUAGGCAGAUUCUGGCUCAAGUCCGUUUUUUUCUUUAGCUUACAGUUUUAUCUCAUAAUUUUCAAAACUUUUGAACCACUAUCUUGAAUCAAAACAGAACAGCUUUAUAGGCCCGUUAAGUUACCGAACUUUCGAGAAAGGGCCCCUAGCCCGCUUAUCAAGACUUGCUUGGUUUACCUGACAAGAUGUCAAUUAUCCCAGCCGAACUCGCACAAAUUAGCAAUGUCGCGAUAGAAAGUUCAGGCUCAAGAUGCGAAAUUUUCAAAAAAUGAUUAACUUAUCAAUACCGAUACAGCUAGCCACGACACAUCCGAUAGAGACUGUAUCAAAAAUUAAUAUUUCGCUUAGUUGGGUGUAACUAUAGCUGCAAAGCAAGCAGUACAAAUUAACUUCAUCUACGUCAAGACCAUUCUGCUGUUUUACUGUACGUUUUGGAGAGUGUCAGCAUCGUCGGUUAGCUACUUUUGUUAGCCCAUCUCACUUUCUUAUUUAUGUUAACGAAGAAUUCAAAGUGUUAAAUGGUUCUAUAUUCACAUUUUUUAUGCUAUAAACGUUAAUACAAACAAACAACUUUAUUUAAGGAGGGUAAAACUCAACAAACUGAUGAACUAGUGGCCCUCGAUCCUAAAAGUGCCAUAAUUAGAAUUAAAAUGUAUUCGAGGAUUAUAAAACUUUUCGACAGGUCUAUAAGAAUACAAGCUAAAAACUAGAUAAAAUGAAAUAUGCCACUUGGGUCGGGUUAAAUCGCAUUCGGACUGAAAUGUUCUACAUCAUCAUAGCUCGUUUAAUAAUGUCUGUCAAAGGCCUCUCUGUAAGAAGUUACUGUUGUCGCCUCUUUCUUUAAGUUAAUGGGUAGUUGGUUCCACAAUCUCGUCGUAGAUACGCUAAAGGUCCUCCCUCCCUCGGUUUCGCGAUUGAAACGAGGUCAGACGAGAUUUAAUUUACUAUAAUAAACAGUUCGUGUGUGAAGGUCUGCAUUGAAUUUGAGUAAAUCGUACUUGGUAGUGGGACAGUUUCCUUAAUGCUUAAGGACUAAAGUACUCUUAUUUAACUUACCUUCGUCAUAGAAAGGAAGCCACUCUAAUUUCUUAAAGAGUUCACGCUGUUCGACCUUGUAUCAGCUUCCAAGAAAACUCGGGCAACACGAUUUGAAGCUUAAAGACUCUCGUUAUGUUAUCACUUGAACAGUUCGACCAAGCAGUUGAUCCACAUAACAUUAGUUGUUUUAUCAUUGCGCUGUAGUAUAAUGUCCUCUGUUCAAUGAGGAGGAAUCUUCUUAUCUUCCUAAGCAGUGCUAUUCUUUAGGAUAGUUUCUUACGCAGUUCUUCAAAGUGAACAUUAAAGUUUAGGUAUGGGUCGAUGGUAAGCCUUAGGAGUUUCUGACUCUCCACCUGUUCAUGAAGAGUUAAUGAACCAUCGACGAUCUUAUUUGCAAGGCGUUUCCUGGUCACUAACCGACAUUUCGUCUUGGCGGCGUUCGUCACCAUCUUUUUGGCAGCCGAUCACAACGAAAAGUCAUCUAGGUCUUCUUGAAGGGCUGAUGUGAUUCCAAAAAGUCUAUUUGUCACGUCGGAUGAGAACUUGAGAGUGGUGUCAUCCGCAUAGAUGUCGACGGUAGAACGCUGAGCUGCUGAGGAGGAGCGACAUCCGUCAAUGACUACGUACUGUUUGCUUCCACUCAGAUAGUUCGUAGUAAGUUUAGUUCGUUACCAUAUAUCCCAGAGACAUUCAGUUUUGUCAAAAGGAGACCAAGGUCUAUUAGGUCAAAUGCUUUCUUGUAGUCAAUAAAUACUAGCCUUGUUGCUCUGUUUUUGUCCAAGUCUAGGAACAGCUGAUCGACUAGUCGAGUGAGGGCGGUCUCGUUUGAGUAGAAUUUGUGGAAUCCGGACUGGAGAUGAUGAAGUAAUGCAUUUUUCUCAAGGAAGUCGUACAAGUAGUCGCAAAUAUACUUCUCAAAUAGCUUAGAAAGUAUCAGAAGCAGAGUUAUCGGUCGAUAAUUAUUCUUGUCAUCAUAACUUUCUUGCUCCAUGUAAGUGGGGGUCGCUUUACCGACUUUCCACUUUGUAGGGGAUGUCUGUGUGUCGAUGCAGUAAUUGAUUAGCUGACGGAGGGAAUCAGCGCUGGCUGGUGCUGCAAUUCUUAGUAGUUUGGUACUAACACCGUCGUCACUAGUAGCUUUAUGCUCUGGAACAGAAAGAAGAAGGUCUACAGCCCUUCCCCCAGACAUGUGUGGGAAAUUUAACGCUCCAGACACUUAACAUGGCUUAGGAGGGGUGCUUGCUUAGGUUGGCAGUGCUAAUCAUUUUUGAGCUCUGGCUGGGGAUUUAGGUUGUUUUGCUGGUUGACAAAGAAGCUGUUCAGUGUGUCGGUAAUUUCCACUUUGUUCGAAAUAAUCUCACUGUUAUCAACUAGCCGCUGGAGACUAAAAUCGUGACUGUCACUCCCUGACAGGAAUUUUGAUCAAGUUCCAAAGUUUCCGCGAGUCUUGCCAGCUCUCAGAGAGUGAGAAGUAUGCUUGCUUUAUUUGCCUAAUUUGGUUAGUCACGCUAUUUUUCGCACGUCUGAAAUUUAGCCAGUCGUUGUCUGUUCCGCUUUUCUUGGCUUUGGUGAGAAGUUCAUCACGCGCUUUGAUUUGUUCUACGAUGUUGUCAUUAAACCAUUUGGGCUGGGUUUUCCGCUUCACUCGCUUGUUUUUAAGAGGAAGAUAAUUGUCAACAAAACCAUUAAAUAUUUCAUACCUGGUGUCGACAACGUCAUUGGGGUCAUCGAAAACAAACGCGCAAUCCCAAGGCACUUCUUUCAAAGUAGCAGUAAACUGUUCUUUAUCCUUGUUCUUGAUGUCACGGUAGGUGAUUGUUGUAGCACGACUGUGCUUUGUACGGCUGGUUUGUUUUUCCGGGUGGCAAUGGUCGGUAGGUGAUCAGACAGUCCAGAUGGGAAAACUUGCACGUUAAUUCGCCGCACAGGGUGACUUGACCAAAUAUGAUCGAGGCAGGCUUUGGAUAAUGGCCGGGUGAUAACUUUAACAAGUUGGAACAAAUUCAGGUUGUGAAGUGUUUUUAUAAAUGGGUGUUUUCCAAACUUCAUAUUGCAUAGAUAAUCGAUGUCGAUAUCUCCUAGUAAAGUAAUUUCCUUGUUGAGAAGAUGCACAUUUUCGAUGUUUUUCCCGGGCUUCUUGUCGUCUGCUGACCUACACGACGGAGGCCUGUAAAUACCGCUAGUAAAAAGAGGUCGUUUCGAUUGGUAGGGGCAGAUUUCAAGCCAUAAAAUUUUACCGCCUGAUUUUCUAACUCUAUCCUUUCGAUGAAGCUGGAAUACGCGAAUACCAUAGAAGAAAUCAGGGACCUUUUGGGAGCAAAAGGUCUCCGAUAGGAUCAGAAUAUCCAGUCUAUCUUGGUCAUUGCUCGGUCGUCUACCUGUCAGGUGUUUUACAUUCCAUUGACAAAUUCGCAGACCGUUUAGGCUAUGAGCUUGACCGGGACCAGGCUGAAUCUCUACAUCAUUAGCCAGUUGAAUGAGUAGUAGCGAGAGGAGGGAAUUGAGCAUUAGCCGGCAACCGAGGAGAACUCGCGUUGAGUUUGAAACAAGUCCAUUCGAUCUCGUCGCACCGAAGUUUCGUGUUUGAUAGUCUAAAACGCUAGAAGUGUAGGAUGCUUGACUUUGAUGUUGCUUAGAUUUCUGAAAGCUGUAGUUGGUAAAACAGAGAUAAAAAUACAAUACAAUGCAGACAGAACGAGGAGCCGAUAGACGACGACCACCCGCCAUCUUGGUUGUCCAAGUAGCUAUCUCGAUGGAGGUAUUUUUUAAAACCUCAAAAAGUACAAUAAUCUAAACUCAGCCACUUCUUUGUCUCCGAACAUAAAGCCAUAUAUUUUUUGACAAAUUCUUCAUUUGUCAGCAGAUAUAGUGCGUAGGCAGAAAGAGGCCAAAACAGUUCAGUUAAACGAGUAACAACAUUAACUCAUAUUGCAUUUUUUUCAAUCCGCAAUACCCUCUUCCCGAUAAAAUAUCUUCCUGCAUUUGCCAGGGUUAUGACACAUCAAUAAUUUUAAUGCCUCGCCAAGUUGUCGAAGCAAAAACCUUUUUGCAAGUUUAGGAAGCUCUGACGCAGGCAUUCUGGAAAUUUAUUUUAUCAUUACGUACAUGAAAAAUAUCUUAUUUUCAGUAAUUUCUUGGGUUAAGGUCAGGUUCAUUUUGGCUUGAAGAUUGAGUUCUUCCCAACUGGCACUCUCGUUCAAUCUCACGAGUUGCAUUUAUUUUUUUUCCAUUGCAAAUAAGGUUGUUUUGAAUAUGAAUAACAACAACAACAUAAGCAAUUCAUUUCUAAAGACGUAACUAGAAGGAUUCGAUGAAAGCUUGAGUUGUAUAGCUCAACAAAAUAUUUUUAAAUGUGCGCUUUUAGGUCUGGGUGGCUAGAAAGGAUCUCAAGAAAAAAUUGGAAGGCAUUCCAGUACCAUUUAGUGACGUCAAGAACAUCCUGAAAGAAAUCCACUUCACCGAUGAAACCACUCGGUCACGAAGUCGAGGCUGGAUAGUUCUCCCCUCGCGAAGAUAUUUGCAAGCAGAUAUUUUAUUUCCCGGGUGUGAAUUUGAUUGCAGACUCACCAUACGUGAACGAAUAGGUAGGUUCCGUGGAAGUACUCUCGUUGCAUAGCUGGUUUUCCAUCACGUCAGGUACCAGGGUCUGCAAAUUUUGAUGCCAUAAAAGGCUAAGGAAUAAUUUGCUUCAAUAAGCCCUAAGAGCCUUAGAGCACAGAGGAAUUUCAACCUUUCUCUUUAUCGGAGUCUUCUAUGCGAUGUUUAGGAUUUUACGUGCUUUAAACCGCGGAAACCAAUUACAGCUAUCACAAAAGGCUUUAUGAGAAGGUAUCAACUGGGUUAGAAAACGGUGGAAAAAGUUACAAAUUUUAACCGUUAGUUUUAAAAAAAUUAACUCGGCGUGAAAAUUUCCUAUCUACGAUGUGUCAUUUCAAAAUGUCAAAAUCCCAGAAUGUUAUGCCUCUUGAAUUGUGGCCAAUGCGGUUGUGACGAUUACACAUUCUAUCCUGAUACCGAAAACAAAGACCUUCGGGUCAGGUCCCUCAGUCAUAUUCCGCGAACCAGGACAUGCAGGAGUGUCUUAUUUCCGUGCGUGAAAAGAGUUGAAAGCAAGUUGACUAGUUUUAGGAUCUUCAGUUUCCUCACUAAGUUUGUGAGUGAUGGGUGCUCUAAAAGGCGUAAUUAGUUUGUAUCGAGCUGGGGAGGAGAAGCCAAUUGGAAGAUAUAAGGCACGAAAUAAAAUCCGAGAAGAACACCGCUCUAUUUCAGUAUUUUAUUCUGAUCGUUGUUCUUGACUUUAACGACCAAGACAAGAAUUUAUGGCUAGGGUUAAUAAGCCUUGAAGUUUAUUCGCCUUGUGAAAAUCAGCAGCCUUGCAGAAAAUCAUUCUACCUUGAAUAUCAACCCAACAGCAGCUUGAUCUUGAAUUAUCCUCGUCGCUUGAUUCUCAUGGUUAAAGCGAGCGAGUAAAUGAGUUUUAGAGAAAUGAAAAUUAAUCAUUAAAUUUGUGUAAUCUUAUCCGUAAGCCGUAAAAGCCAUCACUCGAGUGCAUGAGACCCUCCUAUGAUGUAAAUUAUGAAUUUUCCGUACGUGUGGAGGAGAUGAAAAGUACAAGUUAAUCUUCAUGGAAAACUGCUCAAAAUGAUCGUUGCCAAAAAAAAUUCUGGAAGAAUCAAGUUUUGUUGUAUUUGUUAAUGUUCGCAGUUUGUGUGUGCAUUUGUGUUUAAAUAGGGAAUACCACAGAUAUAGACCAUGUACCCAAAGAAGAUGUCAUACACGUGUUGGCAGAUUAUCUUUCUGAGAUGACUUUGAAGGAAGACGACUCCUUUGGACUAAAACUCCCGGAAGAGAUCCCAGAAGGAUACCAUUUGACCCACAAGCGGUUUUCCAAACGAAUCGUGUACAAGUCCAAACCAGGUUUCAGUGUAAUUCUAUCGAGGGAACGAUCGUGGCGCCUUGUUGUGACUGAUAAAAGAUCCAGAGAAUCGGUAUUGACUACUAAAUAAAGACAAACCGAGUCCUCAUUGCUUAAUGAAAGCAAGGAGGUUUCUUUUAACAUUAUCCAAGAAGCAGCUGGUUAUAUAAUGAAUCCUUUUUAUUUUCAUUCUUUUCUGUAGACUGAUCUACAUCUACAUUGUGACGAGUGGGAUAGGCUACUCAGGAGUGGGCAGUGGGAAGCAGAGAUGAUUGUCAGCAAGUUACCCGAUUUUCUUGAAUUUGUCAAAGAAGUUCAAGGCUUUGUUGCCGGAAAGAUAAUGAGAAAUGGGCUGGAAAGGAUAGGUAAAUAGAAAAUUUGACUUUUUCUGAGUCUAUUCUUUAAUUAUGUUUAGUGAAAUAAACUGAAUUAUCGUCGCUGGACAUUCGUCAUAAUAAUGACAAAGAAAAAAUUUAAAGGAAAAGGUAGGCGAUUAAAUGAAUUAAUAAAGCUGCCAUUCUUUUACCACGAACGUAAGACAGAGAGAAACAUUUGAGUUCAGUACGAGGAUUUGAACACCAGACCAGAUUCCGCUAUCCAGUAUUACCUUUAGCUAACUUGGUUAAAUCCUGCGAAUUGGUUCUUUGUUCAUCCACGGGUUCUUUGCAGUUUAAUGAAGUCAUAGAUUAUGGUACGCAAUAUCUGAAACUCGAAUAUACUUCGUCGACUCUAACUUUUCCUUUGACAAAAAUAAUACAUUUCUGGGAUAGACUUGCGCGGUAUUGCUGUAAUAACAAAUUAAUGAAUAAUUGUCUCAGUCUACAAAUGGCACACAAAAAGGAAAGUUUCCUGAGCUUCAAAAUUUCUAUUGUAAUUUGGUUUCUUAGUAUUAUACCGAUACUUACCACCAGCCAAGUUAAACUCAACAACAUCUGUUGUUGUUUACAGUACACUUUUGCUUCCGUAAAUGUAAACAAUGUUGUUAAUUUUGAUUGAUUCGCAAUUGCAGUCGAGAACGCGACAGUUCCCAUAAGAAAAUACAGACCUUGACUUGUAGGAUUUAAAUAAAACGUAAAAAAAAGAAGUUUAAAUUUCAGUUAUAAUCAGACAACAACCCUUUUCCCCAAUGCAAGUAAAAGUAAUUCUCUUUUUUGAGAUCGAUCCUACACAUGUACAGAAGAAACAUGGAGUUAUCUUUUCGAUGCAUUGAAUAAUUGCAAGUUUGUGGGCUUAAAAGGGAAAAUCUCACGCCAUUGAUAACAAUCAUUUCUCCUCAUUACUUAAUCCAUCAAAUGAAUUUGAGGAGAUAUAACCUAUUUGUAUUUAGAAUAAAACUCGACUUGGUUGGUUGAUUAAUUGGUUUUGUUUGUUAACAUGUUACCUAUUUCUUGUUUGUUUGUUUACAUGUUACCGAUUUCUUGUUUGUUUGAUUCACUCUUAAUUCGAUUUUGAUCGUUGGGAUUUCUUAAUAUACGUUUCUCGAUUGUCACAUUUACAGUUCCUCCAGAGAUUCGUGCGCGCGGUCCUCAAGCUUUAGAAGCCUACAACAAUGCACUGGCGGAAGGCCAAGCUUGUGUCAAGAGAGUGCCUCUGAUGAUAGUUGGACAAGAUCGGUCUGGUAAAACCAGCGUGAAGAAGUCUUUGAAAGGGAUUUGCUUCAACCCCGAUGAAGAUAGCACCCUGGGAAUUGAGGUCGAUCGUUAUCAGUUUAAAGUAACCACCGAAAUAUGGAAGACAGGAGAAAAAGACGAGGAGUCCAGCUUUGACACUACAAUUACUUCAUUUGAGCAUAGUGCAGCACGGUGGAUUGCAGACAAAUUGCCGACGCAUGAAAAAAAAAUAGCUGAAGUCAAAAGAACAAGCUCAGCCGAGUCAGCUGGCUAUGAAGUAUCUGACACCCCAGAGGAAAGGGAACCCAAUGAGACUAAAAGUUACGCAGACCUUCUUGAACCACCUAGAAAUCCAGUAUCAACCAAUACCAUUGACGAUGAACCUCAUUUACCAACCAAGGAAGUACGAAAUCCUACAGAAUUAGAACCAGAUGAGGAUCUGCUUGCCACCACGCGGGAAAAAUUGCCGGAUUUCGAAGAUGUUGCAAAGUUAGUUCCCAAGCACCUUCGAGACAACUGGGAAGAUGGUAAAGAAGACAGCCGGGAAGAUGAUAAAGAAGACAUCUAUUCCAUACUGUGGGACUUUGCUGGACAGUCAGUGUAUUACGUGACGCACCCCCUUUUUCUCACAAGAAGAGCAAUCUACUUUUUGGUUUAUGACCUGAGUAGAAAUCCAAGCGACAAAGCCUCACCAUUAGUGAAGCAAGGAGUACACAAAAUGUUCAAUGCAGAUAAAUACAAUCUGAAAACGAAUUUCGAUUAUUUAGACUUCUGGAUGAGUUCUUUGGCUGCUUUAGAGGACCCUGAAACGGUGUUGCCUUUUAAGAAAUUUCCCGCUGUUUUCCUGGUGUGCACACAUGCUGAUCAGCCCUAUUGCGCACGUGAUCCGGUUGAACUGGCCAAAGAAAUAUUUGGCGAUCUAAGGACCAAGCCAUAUGGUGCCCACUUGUUUGAUGUGUUUUGUGUUGAUAACACUAAGUCAGGCACAAAACCAGAAUGUGAAGAAAUCGUGCGCUUGCGAGAUGGCGUACGUGUCGUUUCUAAAGAGUUACCACACGUAACUGAGGCUAUUCCGAUUAAGUGGUUGAAAUACGAAAAGGCCCUUCGCAUCCCUAAGGAAAGUGAUUACAAGUUUAUCUCUCUUGUGACAGCGAAAGAGAUUGCUUCCAAAGACUGCAACAUUAACGACAACGAGAUACAAACAGUGCUAAACUUUUUGCACGAUCUGCGAGUUCUGAUUCACUUUGAUGACAGUCCAGAAUUAAGUGAGUUAGUUUUCUUGGAUAUUCAGUGGUUGAUUGAUGUGUUCAAGAAUGUAAUAACUGUCAGGACCUUUCACGAAGAGAAAAACUUUGCCCAUCUUUGGGAAAGACUCGAGAGAGAAGGAAUCUUGGAGGAAAAACUUCUCAAACAUGUUUGGAAUUCUUUGAUUCCUCAGAGGGAAGCCCACGAAAGUCUAAUUGCAAUUAUGGAAAAAUUCAGCUUGUUGUGUCCUUGGCCAUCAUCACAAGAUUUUCCCGACAAGCAGUACAUAGUGCCCUCUAUGUUGCGAACGCGUCCACCAGAGGAGAUAAGUAAUCUCGUUGAAUCUGCAAAAAUUCCAUCACUUUUUAUCAAAUUUGACACAGGUCGGGUCCCUCCAGGCUUGUUUCCACGAUUUGUACUAGAAUUUCUUCUGUGGUGUGGCAGAGAAUUUCCCCGCUUUGCUCUGCCACAACUUUUUCAUAAUUUUGCCAGAUUUAACAACUUUCCGAAUCAAGGUCUCUCUUUGGUUCUCCUCUGCCAUUCUUCCACAAUCGAGGUGGUUGUCGUCAGUGCUAAUGGAGGUAUUGAUAUGGUGAAUAUGGCCUCAAUUCAAGCAUUCCGCAGCCAGCUAACUUCGAUUAUUAAUCAAGUUUGGGACAAGUUCUUCUGGGUGAAGAACGUUGGAUGUGAUGUGUGCUACUUAUGUCAUGUUUGUUCCCGUGGACGCACGAUCAGUCUCUGUCAACUCCAUUACGAAGAAGGUUGUAAGCAAGAAGAAUGCCUUCACUUCAUUUCAGAGUUAGAUUUGAGCGAUGAAACGCAGGCCAUUUGCACCAAGUCUGUAGCCGCUGUGGAUAACCGAAUUCAGGUCGAGAAAUUCUAUCCAUGGAUUUCCUGUGCGGAAAAAAAGGUUAAAAAAUGAUACUAUUCCGGCUUUUACAUUAGUGUUUAUAACCAUACUUAUCAUAAUUGCUUUAAUUUUAUUCAUCUCUCAACAAGUCACCGUUAAGAAAGAAGAAUAGUUAAUAGUGCAUAGUUAUGCUAAAGAUAACUUGAGACAGUCUUAACAUUUUGGAAACACUAACGGGUGCACCUAAGGUUACUUGUAGACAGUUUCAGCCUUCUUGUUUUUCUAAAUUUAGCACUUCUCUAGUAUUGCAGCCUUUCAUACUGUUAUAUAACAGUACUCAAGCUCAAAAAAAGCCAUGAACCUUGCAGAAAAGGAAGCUCCAAAUAAAUAUUCAAGCUUCGACGGGAUUCGAGCCCGUGCACUGGUGGAAGCCAGAUAUUUUUUUCAGGCUUCUUAUCUGCGGUUGCUAAUAUUGCAGAUCAAAUGUUAUUUACUGCAUCACAAAUUGUAUUCAUACUCAAGACUUAGUGACAUUGCACGAAUGUUUGUUUUGUUCUAUGAUGCACUCACUAUUUUGCACCAAUAUUUUUCCAUCUGAAUGUAGUGUGAGUGUAGCAGUUGUAUUUAUUGCAGCAUUUAAAUCUUUUGUAAGUUUUUCCAUCUGCCUGUCGCGAGUUGUGGGUCUUCCGUACCACAAUUGAUCAAGAUAUGGUAUGCGGGAUUUUGUGUUUUCAAAUAUAAGUAAGAGAAUUUCUGAAAAGACAGAAUUAUUUUUGAAUUUUUUUACUUUUGUGCUUUUCCUUGGUAAAGUAUUAAUCAACAUAAAUUUUUUACGAUCACACCCAAAGUUUUUUUUUAAUGCAAUUAUUAUAACUUUAUUUGACCCUUUUUUCCUUCAGGGUUUGUCCUCUUCAAAUGUAGCUGAUAGAUCACAUGGUGAAGCAUGUCAAAUCAAUCGAAUGAAGUCUGCCACAGCAUUGAAGGUGACUCUCCUGGGCAGUGAGUGGAGUUCGUCAAUGGGGGGCUUGUCCACCAUUAAUAGACAGCUUGCCAUUCACUUGGCCAAACACUCUGAGGUGGACGUUACUCUCCUUGUCCCACAGUUUGCCUGUUUUGAAGACGAGAGGAGAAAGGCAUCAAGUCACAAUGUUUCCAUCCAGGAAGCUAAGAAACUGGUUGGCUUUAGUGAUCCUCUUGAUUGGUUGAGUUUCCCACCAAGAGACCUUGACAUUGACUUUGUGCUGGGUCAUGGUGCAAAGCUUGGUAAGCAAGCCCAAGUUAUCAGAAAUUCUCACAAUUGUAAGUGGAUUCAGGUGGUGCACACUGUACCCGAAGAACUUGCAAUGCACAAAAACUAUCCUGAGGCUAUUUCCAAAGGUGAAGAGAAGAAUUUAACUGAAGUGGAGUUGUGCAAGUUGGCAGAUGCUAUGCUAGCAGUUGGACCAAAGCUAACAGACGCUUUCUCUGCUCAGCUCCGCUCAUGCAAGAGUCAGGAAGACAUCCUUCAACUGACUCCUGGAACUUUCCGCGAGUUCUAUGACGUAAAACAGGCCGAAAAGGAGAGUAGCAAGUUCAAGGUACUGACGUUCGGCCGUGGUGAUCCAGAGGACUUUAGUCUUAAAGGCUACGAUAUCUCUGCCAGAGCAAUAUUUGAGCUAAAAGACAGGUCUUACAGUCUCAUAUUCGUGGGUGCACCUGACGGUAAACAGGAUGAGGUUGCAGAAAAUUUGCUGAAGAGUGGAAUUGAUAAAAGCCAGCUGAUCGUGAGAAAGUUCGUUCAAAGCAAAGAGAAAUUGAAAGAACUAUUUUGUGAAGUUGAUCUCUGCAUCAUGCCCUCCAGAACAGAGGGUUUUGGUUUGACGGCGUUAGAAGCGUUAUCUGCUGGUCUUCCCAUUCUUGUCAGCGGCAACUCAGGAUUUGGUGAAGCACUGUGCACCGUACCAUCAGGCAAAUCAUUCGUGGUGGAGUCUGAGGACCCUGGGGAGUGGGCAAAGGCAAUUGCUGGCAUCCAACAGAGGGAAAGAUCGGUUCGACUUCAAGAUAUUCAGCAACUGAGGAGCUCCUAUGAGGAGAAGUUUAGUUGGGAGAAACAGUGUGACAUUCUCUUGGAGAAGAUGAGGGACAUAGUUCAUGGUGAGAAUGUUUUUUGAAUGUCCUUCAAAAAGUGUUUUAGGGGGCUACUCGGCUUACUCCGCCUCUCAUUUACUGUGAUGGAAAGCAUGAAUACUUCAUAUAAAAAAUAUGUUAAACAUGAAUAGUAAUCAGUUGUGUUAUCCUCUUGUUGAUUGCUGUGAUAUUAAAUAAAAGUUGCUUUCUAUCUUUUUAGCUUCUAAAAGACGAGACAGAGGUUUCAAAACUCGGCAGGUCGAAGUUGUUGACACGUCAACCGAACAACUAACAGUUGAUUCAUUAAUGACCCCAAGUGAGUAAUAAAAUAGUGAUAACACACGAUAAUUGACAUCCCCAAAGAAGUACAGGCAGGUUGCAAGGAGCUUUAACAGUUUCCUUUACUUUCGACUUCAGGCCAGCUAUGUUUCGUGAAAACUUUGUGAAGUACUGUUGAUCAUAUUUCCUACGAAUGACGCAUUUUUUUGUUGCACUCUUCGGUCGCAGACAUAAGACGUGUAUGAACAAAUUUGAUUUUCUUUUACUUUCUGAUCCAGACAGAUUGGCUUAGUGUUAUUUAUUUCUUUUAGUCAUUUGAAGUUUUCAUCCAAUUUUAAUUAGAAACUACCCUAGAUUGCCCGAAAUAGGUAGACUUGGGGCAUUCUUUUGCUUUGUCUCAAAACGAAACUAAAGUUUAAAUACUGUUCCUAUCAAAACCGGUCUAUGUUCUAUCCACAAUACAAUUGUCUUUCGACGCAAUGUUGAAGUAACUACAUAUUCAUAAGAUAGAGAAAACACAUCAGUUAAUUUUUUGGAAGCCUGUAAUUUUUUUCCUGGACUCCUUUUUCCAGUUACUCGGAUAUGUCAGAGAACAGACUUCGUCGUUAAUUUUUCUUCUCUGCUUCUUCUCUUUUAAUUAUCAGUGUAUUCAUUCACGAGCAGAUAUCGAACUUAAAAAGUUACUUAAUUGACAGCUGGAGCAUCCUUUUUAAGGCUGGGUUGUUGGAGAAAACAGCGGUAGUCUGGUGGUUGAAACCCUUCUUUUCCUUUUUACCUCAAAGUUUCUCUUAGUAGGUUGAGGAUUGUUUUCCACUAGACGAUGGUUUCCCUUUUUUCAUGCAUUUAGAUUAAUAAAAACCUUGUCUUUUCUAGGUUCUCUCGACCGAAUCAUUCAGGAACUUCAGCAGAUACAACUCGAUGCAAGCAAAGUCAAGAGCAGAACAGAUCUAUCAUUGGGGCUGAGGAAUAUUGCAUCAGACAGGGGCUUCAGAAUAUCUGACAAUCAAGGAUUAGGAAAUUGCAUGUUCUAUGCCUUGUCCGAACAACUGGAAAUUGUUAAGGGAAUCAAAAUCCCACAUGGCGAAUUAAGACAGAACUUAGUCCAGUACCUCAGGAGUAACCCAAAACUUGUAAGUUGAUGUAUGUAUUUCUAACAGAGUUUUUUACGUGAUGUUAUUAUAAGGAGUACGAUAAAGGUGUAGUGAUAAAACAGGCCACUUGACUUACACUACCAGAACCUAUCCCAGUGUUCACAACGUGAAGUGACCAGAAGUACUGUUAUUGUCCUUUUCCAGGAGCUCUGAUACUAGCUUGUACCCCUGGUUGAAAGGGGAACUUGAAAGAUUUUAAUUUAUUUUUGAAGAAGCCACACAGUGAUGUUGGUUAAAGUGAAAUUAAUCCAUCACUUAGUGUGGUGUCCGAAGAAGGAGGCUUCCAUGGUUUUAAGUCAUUUGGAUAUUUUAGUUUCAUAAAAGUUCCUUGACACCUACAUCAGAUAACAAAAUUAUAGUCAUUCUCUCAAUGAUGGAUCUCUCUUAUUGUUUUCCUGUUGUUUAUAAAAUCUUUGGAAUAUACACGGAGGUAUUGAAAGACGGUUCAAUCCUCAAAUUUGUUACUAUACAGUAAAUUGCCAAUUAACGGUCGUCUCGUACUAUUCCGACAAAAUUACUCCCUGACUCGUACUUCACGCGCUCAAGUUCCUAUCAACAAUCCUUUUAAUUUUCCUUCUUUCGCUGAUCUUUCUUACAGCCGGAUGGAACAGAUCUGUUUCACUUCGUCCAUGGACAUCAAACAUGGACUGAAUACCUCGUAUGCAUGGAACAAGAUGGCGCUUGGGGUGAUCACGUGAUUCUGUGGGCCGCAGCAAACUACUUUGAAACGUGCAUUCGUGUGGUCAGCAGUCUAUCCAAUAGCAAUGAUGUAGUCAUUACGCCACAUUUUCCAGUUGACGAAAACAAACCUCUUGUGCUAGGACAUAUUCAUGAGGUGCACUAUGUCAGCCUUCAACCCGUGCAAGGUACA